AUGAAGGCAGCACUGCUCCUAGCCACUAUCUUUUGCAUUCAGCAUGCCUGGGCCAACACUGAAAAACUGGUUCUGCAAGUGGAUUCUCGAAAAAUGACAUCUUGCGACCCUCAUUUUGAAGUAUCAAGCAAAGCACGAGAAGCUACCUCAUUGAAACCACCAUUCUCAGAAAUACAGAGCAGCAUUAUACCACAACGAGAUGUCCAAUGGUAUAGUUUAGACAAUAUUAAGGAUAAUGCUAAUUACGAAAUUAGAAUAUCGUAUCCUGCUAUUACACCAGCUGAUUUCUACCUCAAGAUCUUCAAUCAGUGCAAACGGCCAGAUGGAAGCUUCUUAUUCACAUUGCAAGUAGCUGCUAAAUACACAGGUGUAUCACAAAUCAAAGACAUGGAGAUCCAACCGGUGAUAUAUAACCUAGUGUUAGAGAAUUUAUACCUUGGAUUUCUCUUUUAUCAAGUGUACAAGAUUGUGGUGGCCAUCAUUGUCGUUUUGGGUAUUGGCAUUUUUCUCUGGAUGCCCUAUGUGAAGAGCCUCAUUAUGAAGAAGGCGAAAUAUGAAUAA